AUGGCGGAUGACAACAGGCCAUUCAAGUGUGACCUCUACCCCCAAUGUGUAGCGACAUUCUCGUAUGCACAUCAGAAAGCACGGCAUAUGAGGAAAGGACAGCACAAGAAUAGGGUGGAAGAGGCAGCAUCUGAAGGAUUGCGUGAUGAUUCUAGCCAGGGAGGAGCAGUGGAAAGGUUACGAGCAGCUGCAAACCGUCUUCUUUCACGAGGCACCAAGCGCACACGCCUUGAAACGCAGCCAGGGCCGAGCCGCUUUGAUGAGCAGCCUGACACGGCUGAGUUGAACGAGGACACCACAGGCUACGAGUUCGCCCCGGAGUGUGAUGCUACAGCGGUUGACAUUGAUGCUCGGACGUACCGUUUCAUUCGCACGGCAGCUGGAGGAUCCGGCCUUUCACGCGUAGAUAUUAUGGAGUUGAUAUCCAUCCUCGUCGAGGUUCUGCGCAACCCAGGCCGGCUAACGCUCAAGUCUCUAGCAGACUUCGACAAGUACGAGGAGGCGAAGUUGGCAGGGGCCAACAUUGAACCGUUUGAGCAGGUGGAACUCACAAAGCCGGGAGAUCUGAAGCCCGUGAUCCUGUGGCGGCGUUCGGCGCUCACGUGUGUCACCAGCUUGUACGAGAACGUGGCGAAUGCGCAUGGUUUCGUUGUGCGCCCUCCCAAGAACUUCAAUCCGGCGAAACGGAUUUACAAGGGUCCUGAGACGGGGAGUUGGUGGCGGGAGGUACUCCGUAAACUGCCAGCUACUGAUCCAGGCAAGGCAGUCGCUGCAGUGAUCAUCUACUCGGACGAAACAACUCUCACGACUGAUGGCGGACUCAAGGGUUGGCCCGUGUACAUCUCGUUAGCCAACAUUGCGCCAGGGAAUCGAUGGAAACCCCAUGGGCAUCGAUUAUGCGCUCUCCUACCCGAUGAUGACGGGAGCUUCUUCACGCACGCGGACAAGGAGCGGCGGCACCUUGAAGUAUUCCAGGAGGCCUUGGAUCUUAUCAUGGCGGAUUUGAAGAUUGCCCAGAACACUGGCGUGGAACUGACAGAUCCAUACGGCAUUCGUCGUAUGGUCUUUCCGCUCACGUACGCUUACAUUGGCGACUAUCCGGAGCAGUGCAAAGUGGCAGGCACCAAGUCCGGCAUCAAGACCCGUUUUCCAUGCCCCAGUGUGCGUGCGUGUGUGUGUGUGCGUGCGUGUGUGUGUAUGUGUGUGUAUGUGUGUGGGUGUGUGGAUGUGUCUGUGUGUGGGUGUGUGGGUGGGUGUGUGGGUGCGUGGAUGUGUAUGUGUGGGUGUGUGAGUGUGUGGGUGUGUGGGUGUGUGUGGGUGUGUGGGUGUGUGUGGGUGUGUGGGUGUGUGUCUGUGGGUGGGUGGGUGUGUGGGUGUGCGUAUAGAUGCGUGUGGGUGGGUGGGUGUGUAGGUGUGUGGGUGGGUGUGUGGAUGCGUGUGUGGGGGUGUGUGGGUGUGUGGAGUGCUAUAUGGGGGCAACGCUUUGGCGACGAGGAUUUCGGCAACCCGUACCGACAACUCACGUCCGACAUCAUGCACAUGUCUCUCCUCGGCGUAUACAAGCACAUCCUGGAGGGUCUCAAGUCGAAGCUGAAUGACUCCACCCUGCGGGAGCUCGAUGCUUCUCUCGAGCGGAUCACCAAGUACAGCAGGCAGUCUUUCUUUCGGAUUCCUGCACACACAGCUGGCUAUUUCAGCGGCCACAACACCUUCAAGGCCUUCCACCAUCAAGCGGUGAUGCAGGUGCUGCCAGUGCUUCUGGUGAUGGCGAAGGUUGACGCACGGAUUGUGGCAUCUGCGGAGCUCUUCUGCACGUGGCACAGGGAGGCAUGGCAUCGCACGUACCAGACCGACGCCUCCUUGGCGAACCUUGACAACAUGGCGAGCACGUGA